AUGUAUGCUGCAGAGUUCACCACAAAUGCUGACCAGCACUAUUGCGAGUAUGCCAACUGUUUUAGCGGUCAUCCUGGCACUGUACCUGCUAUCACCUAUAUUGAGCACAAAGAUCCGAGCAAGCCCGUAAUUCCAAAUACCUCGAAGCAUGGUUUCAGCCAGUCCGAAUAUGAUGGCGCUGCAGUUCACAAGCAGACUGCAGAGGUGCAGUGUGGAAAAUCCCAACUUCCUGUUUGUGCAGUGGGGCUUAGUGUAUCAUGUGGGAUGCCUCCACCUGCAUUCAUCCCAGGUCCCGUUCACCUGAGGCGCGCCUCAGCAAAUCAUCAAUUUGUUCCUUUACCCAACUGGCCUGCAGCUCCUGGCCCCUCAGACAUCUGCCGUGCAAAUCCAUUAGGGCCCAACAUAUCUAUUUAUGGUCGGGACGCUCAGUUUAUUGUGUACUCAGACCUUCUUCGAACUCUGCCACUCAAGCCUGACUGGCUUGCUCGACAGGCCUAUGCUUCGAGUGUUCCCGAAGUGGUAUGCGUCAAGGCAUACCUUGCAGUGAUGAUUCCACGGGCUAAAAAACCAACUCUAAUAUCUGAUAUAGUCGAGUCGAUCAGCAACAUCCCUUACCACAUUGGUGCCAAUGACCUUAAAACUUUGGUGUACCUCACCCUACUUCCCAUGUUCAUCAAGUGGUCCAUGGGUCUUACUUUUACGUUUGAAGAGGCACAUUUGCGUCUUGUUAGUAGUUUUGAGGAGAUUCUUCCCCAUCCGUCUGGAGAAGACAUCAAUGCCAUAGCAUCCCACUUCCUCAAGACCAGGAACACGAAGCAGCAGUUCAAUGCUGGCAAGGGGAUCGAACUUCACCUCAUUAUUCCACAUAUGAAGUUCCUUGCCGCUGAGCAAAGGCGAAAUGGUGAGGAAGUACUAGCUGAGUCCAAGUCUUGUGAUGAUACACCUCACGCAACAGUGGCAAGUUCAUCUGACAUCCAACAUCUUUCAAGUCCUGCAUUAGUACUAUCUGCGGUGUCCCCAUCAAAAAAUUUGCAAAAUGGCGCCCAAUGUUUGCCUCACCCUGUCAAGCGCAAAUUAUCAUCGACCACAUGA